AUGGAGCCACGCACGGAUCACCCGGUUACUGCGCUCGAAAUUCUCGCACAGAUGGACGGCCAAAAGCUCUUGGCGUUGGGCGCAUGGACCAUCGUCCGCAUCCGCCAAGGCCUGCUUCUACACCACCACGGAUCGCGAACAACCAUGUCGGCGGUGGUGCGUCCGGUGCGCGAUGCGCUUCGUCGCGUCCACGGCGCCUUCAGCCUGGAGCUGCAGAACGAAGGCAGCGUGGCGCGCGACCAUCUCGCCUCGGAACGCACCUUUCUCGCCUGGCUCCGCACCAGCCUCAGCCUGGUCAGCAUCGGAAUUGCCGUGACACAGCUGUUCCAGCUUCCAUCGCUCGUAGGAACACCAGACACCCACAACGGCGCAGGAUACCUCGACUUUGAGGCUACACUCUUGGGUCAAGAUGCCGUGCUGCCGCCACACAUCCUACUCUCCCAGAGACUCGCCAGCAUCGCAAAGCUCGGCAAGCCGCUCGGUGGCUCGUUCAUCCUGCUCGGCGUGAUUGCACUCGGCCUAGGCUGCUACCGCUACUUUGCCGUCCAAGCCACCCUCGUCCAGGGCAAAUUCAUACCCUCCCGACUCGGAAUCUCGGCGAUAGCGUUCCUCGUCGGCGCGCUCGUCGUCGCUGCCACAGCAGUCAUCCUUGCCGGACGACACACUUACUAG